AUGAGUUCCAGCGAUGGUAAUUCUAAUUAUAGAAUUGGUAACAAUGGCAAGAUCAAACUUGCAGCUGUGCUCUCCCUAUUCGCUAUUGUGAUGAUCUUCAUCAUUCUCCAAAUCUAUCCUAGGUACCUUUUAAGACAACAAGCUUCCCUAGACAGGAGAACAACUCAAGAAGCACUAGAUGAAAUACAUUCUAUUGAGUCACCAAUGGCAGGUCUCGAUCCAUUGGUCAUGGCCUCAUUACCAAUGUUCAUAUACAAUCCAAGUGCCAAGCUUGAUCAUGGUGAAGAAGUCACAGAGUGCUCAGUUUGCUUGAGCACUAUUGUGGAAGAGACCAUGGUUAAGCUUCUGCCAAAUUGUACCCACAGGUUUCAUGUAGAGUGCAUUGAUAUGUGGCUUAGCUCAAACACAAAUUGCCCCAUAUGCCGAACCCUGGCUGAGCCUCCGGUCUGGCCAGCGGAUAGUAAUUUAUGCAGUGGGGUUCAACCCAUAGUUUCACCCAUAGAAGAUAGUAUGCCACAUGGUAUUGGUACACGAUUAAGUUCUUUUCAGAGGAUGCUUAGUAGGUAG